AUGGGAUCCGCUAGUCCAGCAGCUUCUAAAAGCAAGUCUCCGGUUAAAGCACCCAAGAAUAAACCAGAAGUGAAGAGAGCCACUACUGUGCCUAAUAGAUUCGAUGAACAAAAUAACGAUGCACAAUCUAGAAGCUCCACUCCGGUUGCACAACAGGAGCCACAGCAAGCGGUACUGCUUGCUAGGUCAAAAACAAAGGAUGAUAAACAAAAGACAAGCAGAGAAGAUGGCGGGAAAUCAAAGGUUAGCGCAGAUGAUGCCUCGAAACUUAAUGAUGCCAUUGCAGCAGCAGGAGUUGAUAUUCAAAAGGAAGAAGAACUCUUGGCUCAACAGCACGCCCACAGAGCAUCCAAUAUAACGGCUGCAAAUCAAUUUUCACAAAGACAGAGACAAUACAAUCCUCAUUUGAAUGCAUUCUUACAUCCAUAUCAUCUCGCGGUAUUUAUGAAUCGAGUAGCAAACCAAAAUGGGAUCCUUCAGAAUUUCGUACAGGACGGUGAACUACUAGAACUUAUGUCUGUAGCCUGUCAGCAAUGGCUUUCCAAAAUAGUCAGCAAGACUGUUAUAUUGUCUCGCCAUCGUCGUCGUGGUAUACCUAGUUUCAAUUCAAAAAAUAAAAAGUUGUCCCUGUCACUGCUGACUGCAAUUCAAAGAUCAGACUUAUCCAAGGAAUUAAGAAACUUAGCUGCAAAACAAAAAGAAAUGGAGGAAAAAAGAGUCAGCAAGAGAAUCAUUCUAGGUUUAGAAAAAAGUGCCGAUGCAAAUGGGGAUGCUUCCGCUAAAGCAGGUGCUGAAGAAACUUUACACAGAGCUGCAAAUGCCACAGCUGCAAUGAUGGCCAUGAAUCCUGGUCGUAAAAAGUAUUCGUGGAUGACCUCCAGUACUGGGGGUGGUGAUGAUGCGGCCGGUGGUGACAAAGACGGUAAAAAUAAACAGAGUUCCAUCAUAUCAGUAAGAGGUGAUAAUGGUUUAAGAUACCGUGAAAUCAGAUCGGGUAACUCAGUCACCAUGAAAGAUUUAUUGGGGGUUAUAGAAGAAGAAAGAAUGGGCACAGAAAAAGCCGUCAUAAAAGGUUACGCCAAAUUGAAAGACUAA